AUGCUUUUAAACGCGCCGCAACAACACAAAAUGCUAUCAAUGGUUUCAAAGCGACGGGGAUUUAUUAACCCUGAUGUAUUUCCAAAAGAUGCAUUUAAAUCGGCAGAUGCCACAGAUAGAGCUCUCAAUGAAGACCGCCCAAUGACUCCGCAACCCCUACUACAACAGAAUAACCAACAAAUCAAUUACUCUCCACAACCAGGUCCCUCUAGCGCUAGAACACCAUCUCCUGUUAGAAACGCAGAGCCUACAGUCCCUAUUCUUAGUGAAAGUAAUAUUUACUACUCACCUAAAGAUAUUUUCUCAUUACCAAACGCAGGCGAAGCAAGAGCUCCAGAACGAAAAAUGAGAAAAGGAAAAACUAUGGUGCUCACUUCAAGCCCUAAUCAUAAAGAACUAAAAAAAGCAGCAAAUAAAACCCAAAUAUCUAAAGCAAAGAAAAAAAUGAUCAAAAAAGAUUUGAUGGCAGGGGAAAAAACAUUGACUGCGAAAGAAAGAAACAUAGAAGAAGUAACAUCUUCGGAUAGCUCACUUGAAGUGAAUUCUUCUUGCGAUUCGGACAAUAGCGAUAUAGAAUUUUCUCCUAAACCCAACGAAUUUAACAUAGAAGCUAUUUAA